AUGCUCGACCAUAGAUCAUCAUCCGACGUGAAGUGCUCAGUCCUCCCACGUCACUUUCCGCACGUCAACCCGCUCCCCACCUUCGUCCGCAAUCACUUCGGUAUCGAGCUAUCCGCAUCGAGCUCAGGACAGCCGAGCGCUUUGUCCGAUGAGCAAUGGCGUCGUCUCAUCAGCACAUUGGUUUGCACAGAUGCGCCCACACAAAUGCCUACCCCAGGCGGUAUCCGCAGUCAAACCAGCUCGCACACUCCGAUCCAUGAAGCAGUGCAAGAAGCGCAGUUGCAGAUCCUCGCUAAUGCUUCCGCACGGCGCGAUGUCUCUGUGAGAGGCAAGCAGGAUCCGUCAUGUAAUGUGCUAUUGAAGGGCUACCGGAGGCCAAAUGACCGGCUAGAGUCGUUUCGAGUCACGUCGACGGGAAGACCAGGGCUGAUCAACCUGUACCCGAACUCGAUGGUGACGUCUCUUGUGCUCGGCAAAGAGUGGCACUAUCUGUUUGAGAAGGUUGAAGCGGAGAGGUUUGUAUGGCUAUUGGUGCAUACGAGUAUCUUUGUUCCGCUCGUGAAGGAUGGAUCCGAUGGGAGCUGCUUUGUUCAGCUUACUGGCCAGGCGCUCUCUGAACGACCGUGGGGAAGGAGUCUAGUAACAGGAACUGCAAGUGCUUCGGACACCGGUGCUGCCGUCGCCAAGGACAGUGAUGCUGCUGCUGUGUCUUUCAACGGUCCCAAACGUAAGCACAAUGGAGAAUCACUCGAAGUUCAGCCCAACACACAUCAAGGCGCUCCCCAGCCGACUAAGCUAGGCAAACGAACGCGAACGUUCGAAAGAGUCGAUUCCCGCAUUACCACACGCUCAGCUCUUUCAGCACCUGAUCUCAAUACACUCCGCCCACUCAGUAGAACAGCUUCAGCAAGCUCAGGCGCAACGGCGGAAAGAAAACCAUCAGAGAUAGUCAUCGUCCGCAGCCGGAUGUUCUACGCCCGCUGUUCACGAAACAAAGCCGGACGUGUGGAAGUUGGGUUGCCCAGCGUCCACGUUCUUCCUCGCUCCGCCUGCCCAAAGGAGCUUGACAAAGUGCUGCCUAGCUCCACGGCUUCCUCCAAUACCACUUACCGAACUCGCCCGCCAGCACGGACGCCUUCUCUCGACAGCAAGCCCAGCAGACCUCACGAAUCCAUCUUUCGCGAAAGAAGGACCAGACAUUUAGCGAAGUACGUUUUCCCACGUCAAUUUGGCCUGCAUAAUGUCUUCACUGGUGCAAGAGACUUUGAUACAACCACCCAGCCGUUCAGAGACUACACUGUACGAGAGGUCGAAAUCAAGGCUUUGGGUGCGAAGCGUACACCGAAAGUGCUAAAGAAUGUGUUGCCGGUGCUGGGGAAGAUCUUGGCACGACAUGACAAGUUGAACUACAGGGCGUUGCUGGAUAGGUGCUGCCCGUCGAGGGUGCCUAAGGGAAGACUGACUGCGGAGGAGCGGCAGCAGAUUGUGAAGGACUUGGCUGAGGUGGAGGUUCUUGAUCCUCUUCCUCAGCACGAUGUUCCCUUUAGAACAGUGCAAAGGAUCGAUAGCCAAGCAAACCAGUCGAAAUCUCAGCAGACCACAGCAACAGCACACGUUAAGGUCACCUUUGAACUAGCGCCCCCGAUUCCCCGCAAACCGCGAUACACGAACUACGCAAUCCCCACCACAGGUCAAGUCGUCCACUUCAUCACACUCGUCACCAAAUCUCUUCUACCACGAGACCUCUUCGGCUCUUUGCACAACCAGAAGCUAGUGCUGAACACCAUCGGCGAAUUUGUGCGUCUCCGACGCUACGAAUCUUUCAACCUGCAUCAGAUCGCCCAAUCAUUCCGCUUUACUGAUCUAGACUGGACUUUGCCCGAGAGCGCCGUGAAGCGCAACCGCCGUUUGACAAGGCAAGAAGCGGAACAGAGCAAGGAGCUUGGUUUUGAACUGCUAUACUGGCUGUUCGAUGGCUUGGUCAUUCCCCUACUGCGAACGACAUUCUACGUGACCGAGACAGCAGCGUAUCGAAACAAAGUGCUGUACUUUCGACAGGAUGACUGGCACGUACUGUCAAAGCCGGUGAUGGGCCAGCUGAAGGAGUCGAUCUUUGAACCGUUGACCAGGGCGGAGGCUUUAUCUAUGAUGUCGUCCCGCAAGCUAGGUUACUCGCACGUGCGAUUGCUGCCUAAGGAAACGGGUGUGAGACCCAUCGUCAAUUUACGGAGGAGAAGUACGAAACAGGUUCACAUGGAACAGCAGGCUUCGCAAGGUGAAGCGGGAAAGCAGAGAGGAAAAUCGAAACCGACUGCAACCAGGUCACUUGCUAAGCAACGGAGAGAGUCCAUGAUACUGGGUCAGUCGAUCAACUACAUUUUACAGUCGGUUUUUCACAUCUUGACUUACGAGAAGAGUCAGAUGCUCACGGGUCUCGAUCAUAACGACAAUGCGGGAGGCGGCGAUGAUAGGGGAGGAAUGCUAUCGAGCUCAGUCUUUGGUCCGAACGAAAUUUAUACCCAGCUAAAGAACUUUAAGCAGCGUCUAGGGCAAAAUUCAGCAGGAAGCAAGAACAGGAAGUUGUACUUCAUCAAAGUGGACAUUCGGUGUGCAUUCGACUCGAUCGACCAAGCGAAGCUGCUCGAGAUCAUCGAACGGAUCCUCAGCAAGAGUGGCGAGCAAAGCGAUGCUGAAGGAUACCGCAUUCAUCGGUUCGCCAAAGUGAUGCCUGCUUUCGCUGGUAAGAACGCUGCUCCGACCGAUGCAGGCACCAAGAGGGAAUUCGUUCGACUAGCACGCCCUGAUUGCGACCACAUCGACUUCUUUGAUCUCGCUUCGCACCUAGCUGUUGCCUUACACGAUGUCGUGUUUGUCGAUAGUGUCUCGUAUCGCUACGAGUCGACCUCGCUCAUCCUCAAGCUCUUGCGUCAGCAUAUCACGGAAAACCUGAUCAAGAUUGGGAAAGAGUUUUAUCGGCAGCGAGUGGGGAUACCGCAAGGAUCGAGUCUGUCGACGUUGCUAUGCAGCUUUUUCUAUGCUGAUUUGGAGGCGCAGGAUCCGUUCUUGCGCAGCCUACGCGAUGGAGGAGGAGGUAGAGGGAGGAAGAGCUUGUUGAUGCGAUACACGGAUGACUUCUUGCUCAUCACUACAAGCAGGAGGCAAGCGAAACAGUUCUACGCGGUGAUGAGAAAAGGUCAUCCUGAUUACGGAUGUUUCAUCAGCCCAGAAAAGACGUUGGCAAACUUCGAUCUGCUCGACACCACCUCCAAAACCAACACCUCCACCGCAGAUCCGCUGAUCCCUCGAAUCUACGGAAACGAGUUCCCGUGGUGCGGCCUUACCAUCAAUACGAAAUUCCUAGGCGUAUCAACAGAUCUUGCCCGCUAUAAAGGCAUCGACCUACGCGACACUCUUACAGUAGAAUACUGCCGCAAACCAGGCGCAGCAUUGAUCGAGAAGAUGAUCCAGUCGGUCAAACCUCGCUGCCACAUCUUGUUCACCGAUACUGCGCUCAACAGUGAUAGAAGAGCGUAUGCGAACAUGUACUCGAGCUUCUUAGUAGCUGCGUUGAAGUUCACAGCUUAUCUGGGGGAGUUGCGGCGGUUCAAGAUGACCUUUGAGGCGGGGUAUCUUUUUGAGGCGGUUCAGAGAUUGGUUAAGUUUACGAGUCGGUAUAUUGGGUCGAGGGCCAGUAGCGCAAAAGCAAAGCUGCAGGUGCUGAGCUCAGAGAUGAAGGCCGGUAAGAGAAAGAGAGCUGAUGGGAGAAGGUGGGGAAAGAGAAAGAGAGCGGCCGCUUGGAAGGUGAGCUGCACAGUUCAGCCGCACUAUGUUCACUGGUUGGGGUACUCGGCUUUCUUGACUGUUCUGUCCAGGCAAGCGUCUAAGAAGAUCCGGGACGGCAGCGUGAAGGUCUUGUGCAGUCCUUAUGCUCGCUCUCUGGAUCCAGAGACGAGACAAGCAUUGAUGCGACUGCUAGAAUCACUCCUCCAUCGCACCUCACAAACGACUGCUAGACGGCGGAUGGCCGGGAUCGCAGCUAAGGCCCUAGUUGAGGCGCAGAAGUCUUUACAGAUCUGA